AGGGUCCAGGGAUCAUCCAAAUAUGGGUCAACAUAUUUACUGCACACACAAAAGACCAGUGACUUUUGUGUUUGUGGAUUGUGCAUCUAUUACUCCUGGAAUCAUGUUUCCAGUGAUUCUGCUUCUUAUAGGCCUGUCUGGCCUCACUUUACCAGUUCACGCAGCGCCCGCUCUAUUGGACGACCUUCUCACACCGGCUUCGGAACUCAUUGAUGAAGUGUAUGAUUACUCUAAUGACACAGAGGAACUAUCACUAUCUUCAGCUGAAAUUAAUGAAACCAUUGAUUGGAUGUUUUCCUUCUUUGAUGAACCAGAAGCGUGUAAUCCAAAUCCUUGCCAGAACGAUGGAGUAUGUGAACUCCUAAAGAAUGGCAGAUUCAAAUGCAUCUGUCCAGAGCCUUACAUUGGCAAAACGUGUCAGGAAGAGAGGAACGUGUGUAAGAAAGUGAAGUGUGGUCAUGGUGAUUGUGUCAGAACUCAAAAAGCCCCGUUUUAUGAAUGCAAGUGCUGGCCCCCCUAUCUGGGCUCUAAGUGCAAGAAAGCCUCUGCGUGUGACCCAAGUCCAUGCCUGAAUGGAGGAAAGUGUGUUAAAGGCCGUACAAGAGCUAGUUUUACAUGCGAAUGUCCUAAAGAUUACAUUGGGACGUUCUGCCAAGUUGGCCCAAAUGAUUGCUAUGAAGGGAAUGGGGAAUCAUACAGAGGUUUUUUCAGUGAGACAGUGGAAGGAAUGGAAUGUUUACCCUGGAACUACUAUCGUAUUCCCUUCAAGAAUUUUGAAGGCAAUGAUAACAUUGGAGCCCACAAUUACUGCAGAAAUCCGGAUGGAGACCGGGAACCCUGGUGCUUUGUGAAAGAGAAGGGCAAACUCCGGUGGGAUUACUGUAAUGUCAAGCCAUGUUCUGAACCAGAACCAGUAAAACCCUCCACAACCAUUGCAAAACUGGAAUUUUCUGACUGUGGAAAGACUCAGACUAUGAUAUCCCCAAGGAUAUUUGGUGGGAGGAAGUCCCUGCCUGAAGCGCAUCCCUGGCAGGUUUCAUUUCAGGUCCGGCCCAAGGGCUCUAAUGCAAACUUCAGCCACAACUGUGGAGGAACCCUGAUUGACUCCUGCUGGGUCCUAACUGCUGCUCACUGUAUUGAGGAGAAUGAGGAGGUAAGGCUGGAGAUGGGUGGUGUGAACCUGGAGAAAGAUGACCCUGCAAAACAGUUUCUGGAGGUGGAGAAAAUCAUUGUUCAUGAGAACUAUACAGAGACAGCUGAAGCCCUGUAUAAUGAUAUAGCCCUGUUGAAACUAAAGGCAAUAAAUGGACGGUGCGCAAAUGAGACCAGUUCUGUUAAGGCGGCAUGUCUCCCCACUGAUUCAUUCCCUGAUGAAACACAGUGCACCAUAUCAGGCUAUGGAGCCACUGAGAAAGAGCAUAUUGUCUCUCCUCAGCUGCUGGAUGCCAAAGUUCUCCUGAUCUCUCAGAAACGCUGUAUGUCUCGUAAUGUCUAUGAAAACAGAAUGGAUGAUUCCAUGAUGUGUGCUGGAUAUAUGCAAGGAAAGACUGACUCUUGUCAGGGUGAUUCUGGUGGACCCCUGGUUUGUAAGAAGGAUGAUACUCAUUACAUCUAUGGUGUGGUGAGUUGGGGUGACAGCUGUGGCAAGAAGAACAGGCCAGGUGUCUAUGUCCGUGUCACCAAAUUCAUUGACUGGAUCAAUGAAAAGAUGAAAUCAGCUUAGGAUAGAUACUCUAGAGAUAGUGGUCAAAUAGCUGAAGAGGUUUUAACUGAGAAAACUCAUUUUCAACUCAUAAUAUAUAUAUAUAUAAACAGUCCACAGUUAUACACGUGCAAUAAGCACAAUUAGUAACCAAAGGCAUAACAGCAGUAGGUUUAAUGUCAGUAUUUUAGAACUGGUCUGGUGAUCCAGGGGAGUUGUUACUUACACAAAAAACAUUCAAAUAAAAAGUCAAAUAAAACAUU